CCUUGGUCAUAUUCUAUUCGAUAAAGGAGACAGGAAGGGCUUGAACGCCUCUUUCUUUUUUGAAACUAGUAAAGUCUAUCACUUGAGUCUUCUGAUAGGUAAACCACAAGCCAGAUUUCUGUGGUGCCACAAGUUGCUGUAGCUGCUACGUCAUAUUUGUCUAACGCAAUGGCCACAUAAGAAAACGUGAAGCUCUGAAGGACAUUGGAAGCUACCUCCUAGACCUAUGUAGCUUUUCGAGCUUAGCUUGUCUGCUUGUGACGGCAGGGCGGUAAACAAAGGAAAACAGUGACGUGAUACAUUUUGACUUUUGACAUGUUCAUCAUCCUUCAUCAUCAUACAUUUUUUAAAACUCCACUGACCUUUCUCUCCCGUACCAAACAAAACCAUUGCAAUUCCUUCCAUCCUUCACGAUAUUUAUCAUAGUCACAGUCCAACAUACUUAAUUUUUCUGUAAUACAACGGAUACCUACCUGUAGCUUAGAUACCUAAACCGUCAUGAGGUGGCUUUCAACCGUCCUCUCCCUCGGCCUGGUGGCUGAUGCCGUCGUGGGUAGUAGCUGGUUUAGUAAAGCCGCAUAUAACAAGUGGCACGAGACUGAACUAGAACGAUGGCUGUCCGACAAUGAUAUCCCCUAUCCUACACCGGCUGAUCGAAAAGAUCUCGAAAACUUGAUUCAGAAGAAUUGGGAUUCUUACGCCGUUGCCCCUUACAAGAACUGGGACACAGACAAACUUACAGCAUACCUGAAAUCAAAGGGUAUAGAGACUAAAGAGUCUGCCAAGUCGAACAAGGAUUCGCUUGUUAGCCAAGUAGCGAACGCUUGGUACGAGACGGAAGACAAAGCCCAGACGGCCUGGACCAAUGUUCAAGAAUGGAUCUUGGAUACCUGGUCCGACAGUGCUCUAAAGGCGUUUGCUGACAAGCAUGGCAUCCCAGUCCCCCAGCCACGAACUCGUGAUACUCUCCUUCAGAAGGUUCGCUCUAACUACGAGACCGUAGCGAAGAAAGCUGGCGAGACCGCUUCGUACCCUGGAGAUUGGCUUUACGACUCUUGGUCCGAGUCCGACUUGAAGGAGUGGCUUGACACCCAUGGCUUCCCUGCUCCCCAAAUCACUGACCGUAACCGAUUGAUUGCCUUGGUUCGCCGCAAUUCUCACCUUGCUUAUGUGAAAUUACAGGAGCAGAAGGCGUCUGCAUCCGCUAGUGCCCGUGCCGCCUACGCUACUCUCACCGACAAGCUUAUUGAUGCUUGGAGCGAGUCUCAGCUGAAGGAAUUCUGUGACAAGAACGGAAUCAAUGUUCCUCAGGGAAGCAAGGCCAAUGAGCUACGUGCUCUUGUCCGGAAACACCGCGCUGCUAUCCUUGGUGAUAACGUGUCCGCAUCGGCUUCAAGUGCUUUCGGCGCUGCUACUAGCAAGGCUGGAAACCAGUACGCCAAGGCUACUAACGAUGCCAGUCUUGCCGCUCAGGAUGCUUUUAACAAGGCAGUUGAUUACUGGUCUGCGAGCCGACUGAAGGCUUACUUGGAUGCUCGCGGGGUUCCCGUUCCCCAGGGAUCGAAGAUUGACGAGCUCCGCGCCUUAGUGCGACGCAACGCCCACAAGACUGCCCACCCUUACAGCGCCUGGUCUUGGGACGACCUGUCCUACGAUAAUCUGAAGAAGUACCUAGCUAGUAGCGGCAACAAAGCUGCGCAGAAGGUUGCCGAGAAAAGCUCUGCUACCCGAGACGAACUCGUAGACGCCGCUCAAUCGGCUUACUCGUCUGCUUCAAGUGCCGGCGGCAAUUCGUACGCCUCUGCGACAAGCUACCUGGCUCAGGCUACCGAGGCGGCGAAGAAGAGCACUUUCGACACUUGGAGCGAGAGUGAGUUAAAGGCGUACCUAGACAGUUACGGUGUACCCGUCCCCCAGGGCUCUACCCUCAACGAGCUCCGCGCCGAGGCGCGCAAGCAAUUGACAUACUUCAAGUACGGCACCUCCAACCCGGCUAGCACUGUGUUUGCCAAGAUUGGCGAGAGCGUCAAGGAUGCGUACCAGUGGGUCGUGGCACAGCUGGGUGCUGGUUCUGAGGUCGCGAAGAAGAAGGCCGGUGAGGUCAAGGAGGAGCUAUGAUCAUAUCAUUAUCAUCACGCUCAAAUACCUUGUAUAUUAAGUAAGAUUGGGGAAGAGAUGAAAUUCGAAACGAUGUUGAGAUGGGAGAAGAAUUCGAUGAAGUGCGUAGCUGUUGAAUGAGAAAGACGAGCACGCGAGGAUGAUAAAAUAUGGAUCGAUUUGGGAACGAAAGUUAAAACGAGGUGUAUUGUUCUAUGGCUCCUUUUAUCACGGGUUGGGUAGGUAGGGUCACAACACUGGCUAGUACAAUACGAUUUCUAGGACUAUCUCCUGCUUAAGGGGGUUCCUGUUAGCAACCGAGAAGGCAAGACUUCACACUGGCAUUUGUCUAUCCUAAAUGAUGAAGUACUGUAGUUGAGAUUGUAAGAUUAC